AUGAGCGCCUCCCCUCCUCCCACCCCGCCUGCCAGGGCUCCAAAGAAGGACGAAUGGAGAUUCAAAUCUAUUACCUUGCCCUGUGAAUGGGUGGAAGAUUACCGUCCAGGUAGUUUCCAUCCCGUCCAUCUAGGCGACGUCUUCAACAACAGCCAGUACAAGGUCCUCAGGAAGCUCGGCGAGGGCUCAUACUCGACAGUUUGGCUAGCGCAUGACCUGAAAAAUAAUAGAUAUAUUGCCCUCAAAAUCCUUGUUUCGGACGAUUCGGAGUUGAUAAACGAGCUACGAAUCCUACACUACAUCAAGCAAACAUCGCCAGAAGAGGGUGCCCGUCAUAUCACGCAGCUCCUAGAUGAGUUUGAGCACCAUGGACCCAAUGGCAUCCACAAAUGCCUGGUAUUCGAGCCCAUGGGUCCUAGUGUGAACACCAUGGUCGAGGAGCUGCCCCAAUUUAAACCUCGCACUUGGGGAAUGAAGGUUCGCUAUCCGAUUCCGAUGGCAAAGAGCAUCCUUAAGCAGUCCUUGCAAGCCUUAUCAUUCCUCCACGAAAACGGUAUCGCUCAUGGAGAUUUCCAUCCUGGGAAUAUGCUCUUCACUCUUAAUAAUAUCGACUCUGAGCAUGAGGAUGCAUUGCAGCAGAAGGAGGAUGUAGAAGCUCCAUCAAUCUCACCCCCACCCCUGCCCCUCUUCUGUGUACCGUGGUCCGAUGGAGAUGAAGACGACGACCAUCUUCUCACCCUCACUGCUCGCCUUGGUGCUCUUCCUGACGAGCUUUUCAAGCAUUGGAAGACAUCUGCAGUUUACUUUACGCCCGAGAAAAAGCUUUACAACUGCCAGAUUGGGGGUGUCCCGGAUGGACAAGAACCGCUAAUGCUAGAGCAAACAACUAUGGAAGAGGCGUUUGAUGGGGCGGGCGUAGCUAUUGAUGAAGAGGAAGCCCGCCAGGUGAAGGCACUCAUUCGAUGGAUUCUGCAGUACGAUGCUACGAAGAGACCCUCACCUUCGGAAAUCCUGUGUGACCCGUGGUUUCGUGCGAUCGAGGCCAGUAGCUUGUCGGAAUCGAGGAUUUGA